UCUCCUGCAUCAGCGUCAACAUCACUGCCACGCCAGCCUCCGUCACCGGAAAACAAGGAGGAAGAUAGGUGCACAACGGAGCUUUAACACCAUCAGCACCAGCAGCUCCUCCUCCUCUACCAGACGUGCUUCCACAGAUUAGGCCUCUACGGUUUUCAGAGCAUCUAAAGGCUCCCCCAGGCAGUAGGAGCUCUCGCUGACAUGACCUGAGAGGAGAGGCAGGAAGUCAUCAGAUAUUGCUAUCAACAUGGGCAACCAGGAGGCGAAGCAGAAGAAAGCUGCAGCAGCAUCGGGUAACGGGAGCUACCCUUCCCUGGAUGAAGGAUGGAGAGAGGGAGGAGGGGACACCACCAAAAAGGGAGGAAAGAAACCACACAGUAAGCAUGGAGGUAAAGGAGCAGGCAGCGGUGGAGGAGGAGGGGGGAUGCAUGGCACAGGACCAGGGAAGAAGAAAAACAAAUCCGAGUCCAAGUCCUCUGUUUUCUCUAUCCGGAAGAGAAAGGGCAACCUGAAAGGGAGAGGAGACGUGUGUUCAUCGGUGACAGGCUCGAAGGAGGACGUGUUACUCUCCCAACAUGAGGAGCUGGACACCAAAACACCCGACCUGUCUGCAGAUGAGCUGGGGCAGUCGGACACUGAGGUUGAAAAGAAAAAGAAACCAGAACCAGCGAAACAGAAAGAAGAGCAGAAGCAGGAGGUGCAGAGGAAAGCCUCGACAGCAGCAACCUCACCCGCAGAGGAUGGGGGGCCGAAGGGAGGCAGCUCGGGGUCGGACACUGACAUCUACAGCUUCCAUUCAGCAGCCGACCACGAGGAUCUGCUAGCAGACAUCCAGCUGGCUAUCAGGCUCCAGCACCAACAGCAGCAUGGUGGGGGUUAUCCUACUUUGGAUGCACAGGGACCGGGAGAAAGGGAUCUGAGCCUGAGGGAAGGAGAGGGCAGGAGGAGGAGUAAUGGGGGAGUUAAAUUAACUCCUCCAGAGGUGCUUGACCUUACCCAAGAAUUAGAGCUGGGGUCCGAUGCCCUGUCCUUCCUGGAGACGGGAACUCUGUCCAAGCUCAUGGAGCAGACACCAAACCCCCCCUCACCCACUGAGGUAAACGAGAGGAGGGAGGAGGAAGGGGGGGUGGAGCAUCCAGAGCUAAAUGAGAAGGGGCAGAGGGAAAGAGAAGCCCUUCUUUGUGUUGCCACAGGCACAAAGGAGCAGCAUGAUUGGGUGCAGGAGCCCCCUCACACUGCCAUUACCAUGGCUACAACAGGGGGGCCAACAGUCAGCACGGUCACCAUGACAACCAGUGUUAACAGCUUCCCUGACCUCACAUUUGACAGUGCUGAGACCCCGGGGGAGAGAGCAGGAGGUGAAGGAGAGGAGGAGAUGGAUCCGGGGGUGGAGGUGGAUCUCAGCCCUCCACCAGCAGAGCCCCCCCACAACGUGCUGAGCUCAGGGGUCGUUUUUGAAGAAGGUGAGGGUCUGUUGGACUCAGGUACCAGUGCAGAGUCCCUCGAGGACUGCCUGAGUGCCGGAUCGGCUGCACCCCCCUCCAACCAGCAUUGCAGGAAGAGCAGCGUGUGCUUCACCCCGCUGCCCCCCCAGGAGAGCCCCACAUUAGCCAGACAUCUCCUCAGGUCCACUCACUCCUCCACCUCCUCUUCCCCUGUGGUGAAACCCUACCCUCCCAUCUUCCCCUCCUACAUCAAGACCACCACCAGGCAGCUCAGCUCCCCCGGACACUCCCCCGCCCUGUCCCCCUCCCACAGCCCCCUGUCCCCGCGCAGAGCCCACCACCACCUCCACAGGACGAUGGCUGAGGGUCAUCAGGUUCGGCGGCAGCGCUCUCGAAGUCUUGCUGGCUCUCUGAGUCGCUCUGCUGACUGGACGGACGAGCUGGAGAGGAGGCUGAGGAGCAGAGAGGAGGAGGGAGGAGGUUCAGGGGAAUACCUGGUGAGCUACAGAGGAGGAGGCAGCCAGCCCCUCUGUGCUACCAGAAGGUCCUCCUGUGGACAGGUUUCUACCUGCAGCUUCCAGGACAUCUUCACAGGGCGAACUCUUCUGGAAAAGCUGUUCCUGCAGCAGCAGAAGGAGGAGCCGGAGGAGGCGGAGAGGCUCUGCUCCAGGAUCCUGGCCCUGGGGCUCCUGCUGCCGUUCGCUGACUGCUUCAGAGAGCAGCUGGAGGGCAGCACCGGCCACAUCCCCUCUACAGCAUCAGCCAAAUUUGAUCAUGACCAGCUGUACACCUGGGCAGCAGUUAACCAGCCCUCUCAGUCCCUGGAUUCUCUGGAAGGGAAACUACCGGGGCAGCUGAAGGGCCCCUGGGCUCCUGUUAAACCAGGAGGGGACACCAGGACUGGGCUCAAAGCCGCAGAGGCAGAAGACAAUCAGGAACACCAAGCAGUCAUCGCGGGUUCGACGCAACAAGAGAAGGAGAGCCAUGAGGAGGAGUGUGUCUUUCCCUCUGUGAAACUGAAAGCCAAACACGUGAACGUGAUCCAGCAGCUGGAGCAGACAAUCGAGGACCUCAGGACCAAGAUUGCUGAACUGGAGCGGCAGCCCCCUCUGCUGGACACUGUGAAGCCCCCCACCUACACCACGGACCGGGAGGUUGGAGGAGAAGAGGGCCUGCUGAGGGUGGUGUGUGACGCUCACCUGCAGACUGAAGUCGCUCUGGCUCCGGGGGGGCUGGAGGCCAAGUCGGUGCAGACCUCCCCCAUGGAGGACAGCUUUAAGUUCAAAGUGCCUUGCAGUGAGCCGGGUGGAGCGGACCCUCCCCUGCAGCCUCCACCCAGGCAGGAAGGCUUGCAGUGUUCCUGUCAGCUGCAACCUCCUCCCCCGCCUCCUUUUCCAGGAGGAGCAUCACCUCCAGCUUUACCAGGACAGAUUAUGGCACCUCCUCCUCCACCACCUCCCCCUCCACCAUUACCAGGAGGCUUAAUGCCGCCUCCUCCACCUCCACCUCCAUUACCGUUUGGUUCAGCAUGUCCUCCCCCGCCCCCUCCUCCUCCUCCUCCUCCUCUCCCUGGUGGUAUAGCUCCACCCCCUCCUCCUCCUCCUCCUCCUCCUCCUCCUCCUCCUCCUCCUCCUCCUCCUCCUCCUCUCCCUGGUGGCAUGGCUCCACCUCCUCCUCCAUUACCAGGAAUGGGAGCCCCACCUCCUCCACCCCCGCCUCCAGGGUGCGGGCCUCCUCCACCCCCUCCUCCACCGGGAGGCAUGUGUGCUCCCCCCCCUCCUCCCGGGGCUUUUGGUUCGCUGCCUCCUCCUCUGCCCAUGGGGCUCUACGCUCUGGGUCUGACGCAGGAGAAGCCCCCCAGGAAGGCUCUGGUGGAGCCCCCCAGACCCAUGAAGCCCCUUUACUGGACCAGGAUCCAGCUCGACACCAAAAAGGAGGUUUCUUCUUCAUUGGUGUGGGACACAAUCGAUGAGCCUGACAUGGACUUUGAAGAGUUUGUAGAUCUGUUCUCCAAAACAGCCGUGAAGGUGAAGAAGCAGCCGCUCUCUGACACCAUCACCAAGUCCAAGGCCAAACAGGUUAUGAAGCUCCUGAGCAAUAAGCGUUCUCAGGCAGUAGGGAUCCUCAUGUCCUCCCUGCAUCUGGAUAUGAAAGACAUCCAGCAUGCCAUCCUGAACUUGGACAACACAGUAGUUGACCUGGAAACCCUGCAGGCCCUGUAUGAAAAUAGGGCCCAACAGGAUGAGCUGGACAAGAUAGAAAAGCACAUCAAGGCUUCAAAAGACAAGGAGAAUGCCAAACCUCUGGACAAACCUGAGCAGUUUCUCCACCAGCUCUCUCUGAUCCCAAACUUCUCCUCCAGAGUCUUCUGCAUCAUCUUCCAGUCCAGCUUCCAUGAGUGCAUGUCAUCCAUAACCAGGAAACUGGACACACUGCAGAAAGUAUGCAAGGCGCUGCAGGACAGUGAGACGGUGAAGAAGGUUCUCAGUCUGAUUCUGGCUUUCGGUAACUUCAUGAAUGGUGGGAAUCGAACCAGAGGUCAGGCUGACGGGUUCACCCUGGACAUCCUGCCCAAACUCAAAGAUGUGAAGAGCAGCGACGGCACGAGAAGUCUUCUGUCUUACAUUGUUGCAUACUACCUCCGACACUUCGAUGAGGAUGCUGGCAGAGAGACAUGUGUGUAUCCUCUCCCCGAGCCUCACGACCUGUUCCAGUCUUCACAGAUGAAGUUUGAAGAUUUUCAGAAAGACCUGACUCGACUCAGGAAGGACCUGAGAGCGUGCACAUCAGAAGUGGAGAAAGUGUGCAAGGUUUCAGACGAGGACAACCUGCAGCCUUUUAAAGACAUGAUGGAGGAGUUCCUUGCACAAGCUAAGAGUGAACUGGAGACCCUGGAAGCUCAGCUGAGCAGCACUCACAAACUGUUCCUGGAGCUCACCAUAUUCUUCUCAGUGAAGGCCAAAUCCGGAGAGAAGGAGGUUUCCCCCAACACCUUGUUCUGCGUCUGGCAUGAGUUCUCCUCGGACUUCAAGGAUCAGUGGAAGAAGGAGAACAAAGUCAUCCUCAAAGAGAGGUUAAAAGCAGCAGAGGAAUGUUUCAGGCAGGCCAAGGAGAAGGCUUCCUACAGCGUCAAACCCAAACACGCCUCUGGCAUCAAAGCCAAGCUGGGCAUGAAGAUCUGACUGGAUGCUUGUUUCCUGACUUUGGGCACCAGUGGUGAGUCACAGACAAUACAGUAUUAAGAGGACAGAGGAGAAACAGCAAAGGGAUGUAUGCAGCUGAGCCUACUGAUUUAUUUCUUCCAGUUGAACCUGUUUCAUGUGCUGUCAACUUGAUGCCUUACGUUGCUCUCCUGUCCGGCUGUCUGUUAACUGAAUCAUGGAAGGAUGCUGCUGCAGGUCCAGCGUUGUUGAGAUCACCACAGCUCACAAACAAUAGACAUCUCAAAGAUAACUGUGAGGCCUAUACGCCUACAUUCAUAAACAUGUCUCAUUGGCAGAAUGGUAAAGGCAAACACAGUUCAACUCAACCCAUGGCAUUAAUAGCACCAACAGCAUGGCACUUAUGUAUUUAAAAUAUUAAGGAUACUAACAUCAAACUUCUAAGUAUUCAGAUCCACCAGAUCCAUCUAACCUGUUACAGGGAAAGUGUUCUGCAGAAACACUGAUGGAUCUACCCAAGCACAAAUAUGCACUCAGAUGUAAUUUCACCACUUUUAUGUUUAGUUAAUGCAACAUACAUUGGAUUUACUUUCUACAUCUCCAUCUUUGUACAUAUACAUCAGCAUGCAACACGCAGUUGGACUCGAUGGUUCUUGUUGACCUUGGAAACAGCAGUUAACCAAACACUCAAUUUUUAGGGUCAGCCCACGGGAAAAGUGUGGCAAUUCAUAAAGCACUUUAUGUUCUGGCUCAUUACUCCUCCAAAGCGAGGAAUGCGAGCAAAAUCAUUUUUCUUGAUUUGUUGUGUAACAUUGCAACUCUUUCUUCCACAACUUUGCCCAGAUUUUUCAUCCUUUCAUUGUAUUUGCAUCCAACCUUGAAUCUCCAUUUACAGUAUAUAAGCACUCUUCGAUUCUGAAACUGGCAAAGAUUAACCACUACAACUGGUCAUACCCACUUACUGUAAAUGCAUCAAACAAUUGAAACCAAAUGUAGGUGGCCUACAAUAGCUUACAUAUAUUAUAAUGACCAUGACUAAGUCUGACCCAUGUUAAAUCAUCUUAGUCCAAAGCCCUAAGUAUUAGGUGAUUAUACUGUGCAAAUAAUACUGACAACUUCAAAAUCAAAACAGUGAAGGUCUAAAAGGGACAGUGUCUGGGUAAAUCCUUCUAAAUCUCAAAUUCCAGAUGCGACUCAUCAUGAGAGCAGCAGCGCUGAUGGGCAGGAACAGAAUGUCAUUGUAAACUUACAUGUGUAAUUUUUAAUGUACUGUAUGUUAAAUGAUAAGCCAUGUCAAACCACAUAUACUAUGUAAAAAACAGUGUGAGUGUGCGCGUGCAGGUGAGUGUGUGUGAAUUUCCUCAUCUAUUGGUUGAUCACUUCUCUGGGAUAAAAGCAUUGUGAUGGAGGAGAUGUACAGUGCAUUGAAUUACAGCUGUUGCAUUUUGUUGCAAAAUUAAUGACUAUCAAUGUAAGGAAAUAAAUUGUUUUGAAAAAAACAAAAAGUAUUGUGAGACACGUUUUGUGUUUCUUUCAAUGAUACCUUUUUCUGCUGGCCAGCAUGAUACUCUCUACAGGAGUUUGAACAGUUGUUCAUGUGCAAUAAAUGUUUAUACAUGUAUAUAAAGAGGAUGCAUGGAACUUGGAAG